GUCACACCAUUUUUAAGCAUCCCCAAGGGCGGGAGAAACAGGUCACCUCACUUCUUCCACUCCAACCCCCCCUCCCCCCACCUCUCUCUCGCUCACUCCGCCGCCGCCGGCGAUGUCGUCGAUCGGAGUCCGGUACCUCACGGUACUCGGGGAAUUUAAGCCCUUCGGCCUGAUCGCCGAGGUGCUGGACGGGAAGCCAUCCGACGACGCGGCGGAGAAGUAUGGCUACUUCCUCUUCGACCCGGAAGUCGCUCGCGAGAGGGACGACCCACUCGCCGCCGAUCUCGAUUUCUCCACCCCAUCUACUUCCGCCGACCACAGCGAUCACGAGCUUUUCAUCCGUGGAAACCGGAUAAUAUGGAGCACCGGUUCCAGAGUUCACAAAAGAUACACAUCUCCUAAUACAAUCCUCAUGGCUUGCUGGUGUCGCAUGGAUGCUAUUUCAGAUGCGCUUCUCUGUGUUCUACAAAUUGACACUCUAUCCAUAUACAGUGCAUCAGGUGAGGUGGUUUGCAUUCCUCUUCCAUAUGCUGUUGCAUCGAUAUGGCCCCUUCCAUUUGGUCUGCUGCUCCAGAAGUUGAUAGAUGGGAAUCGUCCCAUAUCAUCUUCUAGCUCGCUGCUGAAUGCGAGGGAUUUAUCUCGUCCAUGCAAGGAAUAUGGGUUGAGCCACCAUUCUACUCGUCACAUCCAUUCUUUUGAGCCAGUUAUUAAGGAAAGUGGGGCUAUGUUGUCAUCACACUUGAUAUUAAAACAUCCAAUGGAAGAACCUCAGGCAGCUUAUUUGGAAGAAAGGGGAAAAUUGAACAUCAUGAAAGAUUUUGAGGAAAAAACUAUUUGGACAAGUGAUGUUAUACCUUUGAUGGCAUCAUAUCAUAAAGGCAAGUUGCAACAUUCAGUUUGGUCCGUAGAUAUUGCAACUAAUCCUGGAACAGUCAAUGCUAGCUCUUCCGUGAACACAGUUCCAUCAGAGCUGUUUACCCAAGAUUUCUCUCUUCGGAGGAUAUGGCAGGGGAAAUGUUCACAGUCUGCUGCUAGUAAGGUGUUUUUGGCAACUGAUAUUGAUGGAGUGCCUGUCAUUUGUUUUUUACUCCAUGAGCAAAAGACACUUCUUGCUAUAAGGCUUCAAAUAGAUGAGGGUAAUGGUGAAGCUAUUAUUGAUAUUAAACCUCAUCUGAGUUGGAGUAUCCCUGCAAUUGCUGCUGCCCCGGUGACUGUGACACGCCCAAGGGUUAAGGUUGGACUUUUGUCGUUCACCGACAUUGUUGUGCUGGAUUCAGAAAAUUAUCUUCUUCUAUAUUCAGGAAGAGAGUGCCUGUGCAGAUAUUUAUUGCCAAAUGGUUUGGGAAAGGGUCCUCUUUCACAUCGCGAGAAGUCUUCAGGAAUAGCAGACAUGUGCUUUGACUUGAAGAUUACAGGUGUAGAGGAUGCUGUUGAAGGGAGGAUAAAUGUAAUUACCAAUAAUGGCCAGGUAGCAUUUUGUUUGAUGCUUCUUCACAAGAUGGACAUUUUUAGAUACAUAUGCCAUGGCAUGAAUGAUGGAGAUCCUUAUUUCAGUUUCAUUUCUGCAUCUAUUGAGACUCCUGAGAAGGUUGCAUUUUUUCCUGUCAGACGCCUCCUGUGCUCGGCGAGACCUGUGCCCGUUCAAACAUCUGUUAAUCCUAGUGCCUCUGAUCAGGAUGUUCAACAGCAUCAACUAUGGAAUCUUGCGCAGAGGACUACUGCUCUUCCUUUUGGGCGUGGGGCAUUUACUCUUGCUACCACUUACACUUUAUUAACAGAGGCGCUUGUUGUUCCAAAGCUUGUUUUGGCUGGCCGAUUGCCGGCACAACAAAAUGCAACAGUAAACAUAGAUCCAAAUAUAAGAAAUAUGUCAGAGCUCAGAUGUUGGCCUGAGUUUCACAAUGGUGUUGCUGCUGGAUUGAGACUGGCACCCUUUCAGGGGAAAAUGUCAAGAACAUGGAUACUUUAUAAUAAACCUGAGGAACCUAAUUAUACUCAUGCAGGACUUCUUCUAGCAUUAGGCUUGCAUGAACAUUUACGUGUUCUAACAAGCACUGAUUUAUAUCGGUAUCUUUCCCAGGAGCACGAUAUUACUACUCUUGGAAUAUUGCUUGGCAUGGCAGCAUCUCACAGGGGCACAAUGAAUCCAGCUAUAUCAAAGUCAGCUGCAUUAAUGUCCAUUGGGCUUCUGUAUGAAGGUUCAGCACACCCUUUGACUAUGAAGAUACUUUUGGGUGAGAUAGGCCGCAGAAGUGGUGGUGAUAAUGUCCUCGAAAGAGAAGGAUAUGCUGUUGCUGCAGGAGCUGCAUUAGGACUUGUGGCCUUAGGGCGAGGCAAAGAUGCAUUUGGCUUCAUGGAUACUUUCAUGGAUCGGCUUUUCCAAUAUAUUGGUGAAAGAGGAGUUUCCAAUGAAAUAUGUUUAACUUCAGUGCAAACAACAGAUGAUCACAACCGCAAUGUUGGGCAGAUGAUGGAUGGGGAACAAAUAAAUGUUGAUGUAACUGCACCUGGAGCUACAAUUGCACUAGCUCUGAUAUUUUUGAAGACAGAAUCUGAAGUAGUGGCAUCUAGACUCCAUAUUCCUGUCACUCACUUUGAUCUGCAGUAUGUGCGGCCUGACUUUAUCAUGCUCCGUAUCAUUGCUCGAAAUUUGAUAAUGUGGUGCAGGAUUCGGCCGUCUAGUGAUUGGAUUGAAUCUCAGAUUCCUGAAAUUGUCAAAGUUGGGGUCUUGAGAUUAGAAGAAGGGGUGAUGGAUGGUGAUGAAUACGAUGUAGAUGCUCUUGUUCAGGCAUAUGUUAAUAUAGUUGCUGGUGCUUGCAUUUCACUUGGACUAAAGUAUGCUGGCACAAAAAGUGGUGAUGCCCAAGAGUUGCUUUAUAAUUAUGCUAUUUAUUUUCUUAAUGAGCUUAAGCACGUACCAAUUACGAGUGUAAAUGCCUUACCAAAGGGAUUGCUGCAAUAUGUAGAUCGUGGGACUCUGGAGAUUUGCCUGCAUCUUAUCGUUCUUUCUCUCUCUGUGGUUAUGGCAGGUUCUGGACAUCUGCAAACAUUUCGAUUAUUGAGAUACCUUCGUGGCCGAAGAUCUGCAGAUGGGCAUAUACAUUAUGGAAUUCAGAUCGCAGUAAACUUGGCCAUUGGAUUCUUGUUUCUUGGCGGUGGUAUGCAAACCUUUUCAACUGGAAACAGUGCGAUUGCUGCAUUGUUAAACACUCUCUACCCUCGUCUGCCUACUGGACCAAACGACAAUCGUUGCCACCUUCAGGCCUUCAGGCAUUUAUAUGUAAUUGCUGCGGAAUCUCGUUGGGUACAGACAGUAGAUGUUGAUACAGGUCUGCCAGUUUAUUGCCCCCUUGAAGUGACUGUCAGAGAAACAGAACAUUAUGCUGAGACAACCUUUUGUGAAGUGACGCCCUGCAUUCUGCCAGAACGCUCUCUGCUGAAGAGUGUUCAAGUUUGUGGGCCUAGAUAUUGGCCUCAAGUUGUAGAGCUUGCACCUGAAGAUAAGCCUUGGUGGAGAUCGGGAGAUAAGGGUGACCCUUUUAAUGGUGGUCUGCUAUAUAUAAAGCGGAAAGUUGGAUCUUGUUCUUAUGUGGAUGACCCAAUUGGAUGUCAGUCUUUGCUUUCCCGGGCAAUGCACAAGGUUUGCGAUGCAUUAGAGUUGUGCAGUUCGACUACAGAUAUUGGUAGUAACUGUGAGCCUGGUUCAUUUAAGGUUGAUCAGUUGGUUGGUACAUUUUCUGCUGAUCCAAGCUUGAUAGCUUUUGCCCAACUUUGCUGCGACUCCUACUGGAACAACAGAUCUGAUGCCAAUUUCCAGGAGUUCUGCUCACAAGUACUAUUUGAAUGUGUGAGCAAAGACAGGCCAGCUCUUCUGCAGGUCUAUUUGUCGUUGUAUACGAUGAUCGGAUCAAUGUGGGAACAGAUGAAAAGUGGUGCUCUUGUUUUUCAGGAUUCACUUUUUCUUUCCAGUUUAAAGCUUGCACUAGCAUACAAUGAAGCUUUGAUCAGUGGCAAACUGUCUUGUAAUGGUAGAGGCAUCAUUCAGUCUACAUUCAUGGAAUCCAUCAGGAAAUGCAUUGAAGAGAUUCUGGCAAAUUCCAAAAAGCUCAGGGACAACUUUCUCAUCUAUUUAGAUUUGGGGAAGUGGCCCAGUAGCCAAAGUGAUGGGGAUCAGAUGGAUGCUAUGCAUCUUUCUUGGUAUCUUCUUUGGUAUGACAUCCCACCUCCCCAUGUUGUGAAGUCUGCAAUUCAGAAGAUCAAGCUAAAGGCUCCCAUGUCUUUGUCCAUGGUUCCUUUGCUGCGCUUGUUACUGCCAACAACUCAUGCCAAAGGAAUCACUGAGAUUGACAAAUUUAUUUCAAGAGGCUGAAAACUUCUUAGAGCAGGAUGGUUGUCCAGAGCUGAAGGAGCAAAUCUUGUCUUAUUGUGCAGUUCUGUCUCAGUGUUAUGGCAAUUAGUUCUUCAUGAGCCUUCUGUUUCAUGGGGUGGAAACUGCUCGUUGUUGCCUAUCCUCUGUUCAGCCAAAUUAUCAAAGCCAUGAGAAAAGGUAUAGAGGGCUGGUUUGACCAACAUUCUGCAUCAUUUAAUUUGCAUAAAUGACUUUCUUUAUUGCAGCUGGUGAAAUUGUACUACUGUAAAUUAAACUGCCCUCUGGUGUUGAUUGAACUACUGCAUCUAUGAUAUUGAGUGCACUCCGCUUUUCACACCCUUUGUGAUGCAUAUGGCUUGUAUUUUCGAUUUUUCCAGUCUACUUUGUAAUCAUUUAGAUGAUUAUAUCACCUGAAUAUGAGUACAUGCCGGUUCAUCAAGGUGUAGUCAGAAAAUCCUGUGUACGACCAAUUAGCGAAUGGAAGAAUUGAUUAUGGUUUCUAAUA